AUGUCUUCUGCAACGAACCAGAUGAACACUUCUGCCCAUGUGGCUACGUCGAACUAUUCCCCAGUCGAUGCCGUUAAUCGACAUGAGUUUGGUGUGCAGAAGAACAGAAAACCGGCUUCGACCGGGGGAGGGAGAGCUUGGAGCGAGGAAGAGGAAGUUUAUCUUCUUCAGACCCGCCUUCAGAAAAUGCCUUACAAGCAUAUCGCCGCACACCUGAAGAAAACAGAGCUGGCUUGUCGUCUUCAUUACCAUCAACUUUCUCAUGGAAGCAACCGUCGCAAGCGGACCAACUCUGUUGCCUCUUCCAGCCCAGGCUCAGAGCACUCCCCGGUUAUCCCGAAUUCAAUGCCAUCCCCAAGCACCGAAGCCGUCAAUUUGCAGCCUACUUCGCCUCAGACGUAUACAUACUCGCCGCAGUCUCCAGCCGGGCAUGUCCAACUUCCUUCUGCGUCUUCUCUGCUCCCACGCUCUGCGUCGAACAGUCCUCCUCGAAACCUCACGCAUCCCGUGGCCAUCCUCCCAAAGCCCUCGCCACCCCGCCGUGCUUUUACCGACUCGGCUGCCCAACCCCCACUUCGCCUCGACUGUGAUGUGGUGUCUCGCCCAAUGAACAUUGGCAACGUCGACAAGGACCGCCUUCGUCACGUCUACGAAGCACACCGAUCCUCCUUCUGGGGCGUCAUCGCCGCUGAGUAUGGUGGGGGCGUUUCUCCACAUUUGCUCGAAGAAGCAUGGAAGCGAGGAAUUGCUACCAAUGCUCCUCCCACUCCUUGCAUCUCUCCUGACGCCCACAAUGUCAGCGCUGGAGGCUACCAGGGUUAUAAUUCCAAGCCAGUGCAUCAAUUGCCAACUCCUGUCCAGGAGAACAAGAACAAUGCCACAAGCAUUUCAGCACUCUUGGGAAUCGACGCUAGCCCACGCAGCCCCAAAGAGAGAGAAUUGAUUAAACGCAUGGAGGAGAGUAGAGAAUCCCGUGAUGUUGUCAUGGCUGGAGCGGAGCUGCAACGGGUGUGUGAAUAA